CUGUCAAUGUCAAACAUGUGAAUGUGAAGUUGAAGUUACUAUUUCUGAGCACUUUUUAAAAAGAAAAAAAUUACGUAGUUACAAAAACCUAAUUUAUCCACCAUGGAUAUUACGAUAUUAGCAGGAAUAGCAAUUUUCUUAUUUUCAGUUAUAAUAGGAUUAACGUUUUAUCUCAAACAGACUAAGGAAGUAAAAGAUGCUAAUGGACCUAGAGCUGCAGGAAAUAGGGCUCGAGAGGCAGCAGGUCCAGGUGGAAGAAGGGCUCAGAUUGCUAGAAACAGAGGAGUGCGUUUAAGAGCAAAUGUUGCACACCAAGAGUUAGAUGAUGACGACGAAGGAGUAGACAAUGAAGAAGAAAUCAAUGACGUCGAAAUUGAUGGUAAAAUGGGAGCCAAAAAGAGAGCAAAAUUAGAAGCUAAAGCCGAGAAAAAGGCAGCCAGAAAAGUAGAGGAACAAAUACGGGCUGACAAAAAGAAAAAAGCUGAACAAGCAGAAGAUGAAAGAAGAAAGGCAGAUGAAAGGGAAAAGGCUGAAGAAAAAAGAUUGGAGGAAGAGCAGAGAAAGGCGAAGGAAGACCAGGAGAAGAGAGAGUAUGAAGAAUAUUUAAAGAUGAAAGAAGCGUUUUCUGUGGAGGAAGAAGGGUUUGAGGAAGGGGAAGAAGGAGAUAGCCAGAACUUGUUGCAAGAGUUUGUGAAUUAUAUAAAGACCAAUAAGGUUGUAGUGAUUGAAGAUUUAGCAGCGCUUUUCAAGCUUAAAACUCAAGCAGCUAUUGAUAGGAUAAAAGACUUGCAGAAGGAUGAUAUAUUAACUGGAGUAGUAGAUGAUAGAGGAAAAUUCAUUUAUGUAUCUCCGGAGGAGAUGGAAGCAGUUGCUAAAUUUAUUAGGCAAAGAGGUAGAGUCUCUAUAGCAGAAUUAGCUGAAAAUAGCAAUGUACUAAUCAAUUUAACACCCAAUACUACAAGCGUGGUAGCUAGAUAAGUUAUAAAAAAUUGUAAAUAAAUGUUUUUUUUUUA